AUGACACGCCGCACAUACAACAUCGCUAUGGUUAGCGACUUCUUCUUCCCCCAGCCUGGAGGCAUCGAGUCACACAUCUACCAACUCGCCACAAAGCUCGUCGACCGCGGCCACAAGGUCAUUGUCAUAACUCAUGCCUACGACGACCGCAAGGGCGUCCGCUAUCUCACCAACGGCGUCAAGGUCUACCACGUGCCCUUCCUCGAGAUCUAUCGCCACGCCACCUUUCCCACCGUCUUCUCCUUCUUUCCCAUCUUCAGAAACAUUUGCAUCCGAGAACGCAUCGAGAUUGUUCAUGGCCAUGGCAGUCUCAGCAGUCUUUGCCACGAGGCCAUCCUCCACGCCCGCACCAUGGGCUUGCGCACUGCCUUUACUGAUCACUCGCUGUUUGGCUUCGCCGACGCUGGAACCAUUCUCACCAACAAACUCCUCAAGUUUACACUGAGUGAUGUUGAUCAUAGUAUCUGCGUGAGCCAUACAUGCAAGGAAAACACUGUGCUUCGGGCAUCACUUGACCCCCUGAUGGUCUCAGUCAUACCCAACGCUGUCGUGGCAGAAAACUUCCGUCCCAAGGAUACUCCAGCUUCUCCCUCACCUCAGAGCACAACGUUUGGCUCUGAAGCCCCAGUCUACCCUCCUCCCCAACGAAUAGGACCCCGCGACAUUAUCACCAUUGUCGUCAUCUCACGUCUUUUCUACAACAAGGGAACUGACCUCCUUAUCGCCUCUAUCCCUCGUGUGCUCGAGAAUCAUCCCAACACACGCUUCAUCAUUGCCGGUUCUGGUCCCAAGGCCAUUGAUCUCGAGCAGAUGAUCGAGACAAACGUUCUUCAGGAUCGCGUCGAGAUGCUCGGUCCCAUCCGCCACGAGGAGGUCCGCGAUGUCAUGGUCCGUGGUCACAUCUACCUCCAUCCAUCUCUCACCGAAGCCUUUGGUACCGUCAUUGUCGAGGCAGCCAGCUGCGGGCUGUACGUCGUGUGCACCCAGGUUGGUGGUAUUCCCGAGGUGCUUCCCUCCCACAUGACAACAUUUGCCAAGCCAGAGGAAGACGAUAUCGUGCUUGCUACCGGAAAGGCCAUCACCGCCAUCCGCGCGGGUAAGAUUCGCACGGAAAAGUUCCAUGACCAGGUCAAGAAGAUGUACUCGUGGCAAAAUGUUGCCCUCCGCACUGAGCGUGUCUACGACGGCAUCUCGGGCACUAUCCCUGAAGACGAGUUCUACGGCAUCGAUACCUCUGGCUACGGCAGUCGGAUUCGCAACUUUGCUCUCAUCGAUCGUCUGAAACGCUACUAUGGCUGCGGUAUAUGGGCCGGCAAGCUAUUCUGCUUGUGCUGUGUCGUCGACUACCUAUUCUUCCUCUUCCUCGAAUGGUGGUUCCCCAGAGACAAUAUCGAUAUUUGCCCUGACUGGCCUCGCAAGCAACCAGCUGAGGAUGGCGCCGGCUCAAAAAAGGGCUUGCAUAGUAAUCGGUCGAGCACAUCUCAAGGCGCCCCUAAACUUUAA